AACCUCGUUGGAACGCAGUCGAGACAGUUAGGGAUGGUUCCCGCCACUAGCUGUCUCGUGGGCGCUGGAGGAUCUGGAAUGGUACCUCCUGUCGCACUCCAACCGGCAUGCUCCUCUGCUCGUCUCCCCAUCGAGACUGGAUAUGGAUCUGGUGUCGGUGGUUGCCAGAGUGGAAGUGGAGCUGGUUCCAGUGGUGUUAAUACUGGUGUUGGCACUCUCAGCGGGACUGGUGGGAGCAGCGGAGGACAGCCUUCACAGAGUACUGCCAGUGUGCCGAACCCGCUGGCGGCCAUGUUUGCUGUCGCGGCGGCAGUUCAACAGCAGCAGCACUCCCAACAGCAGCAGCAAACACACAUGAGACUACCUCAGCCAUUAGCAUCUGGAGCUCCCGGUGGUGGCUUGAAUCCGGCUGAAAUGGCAGCCCUUUUAUUGGGUGGCCAAAGUAUUCGAAUGCAGGCCGAAUUCAGUGGUGCUGCAAAGUUUUAA